GUUUCAAGGCCAGCUCAGGCUGCACGCUGUAGGUUGUCCUAGUCCUACGUACAGCAUUGUGCAGUCGGCAAGCUGGAGGUUGCGAAAGGCAUAUGCACAGAGGGCCACCAGAGGGCCACCAGGACGCUAAUCAAGAGCUUUCUAACCAGGUUGCAACUCCCCUUCUUGUAUGACGUCCUGAGCCACCAGUUCCCGCCUGUCUGACUCCGAAGCCCGGGUGGCAGCUAUGCACGAGCCAGCUGUGCAUGCAUGGUGUCAGCUUGCGGAGGCCGUCAGAGACUGUCAGGCGUCACUGGAGGCAGCCCUUGUUGGCUCCCAGCAUGCAGUGGCGGCAGCACUGGAGCACGCUCAGUUCGAGAUCUCAAAGGUCAAGCGAAAACGGGGCCAUCAACAUAACUUCCUGGCUCCAGACUCAGACUCCAGCAUUGCAGACUUGACGCCUGAUUACAGACCUUCCCCAUUUGCUUCUCUUUCUAUCGAACAGCGCAAUGCUGGGCCUGCCAACGAGGCGGUGCGAUGGAUCCAGGGAUGUCUCUGGAGCUUUCAGCAUGCCGGAAGAGAUGCGCUCGCACGCGUUCCCAGGAUACGGAGGGAAGAGCAAAAGAAACCGGAGCCAGGGUUCCUGGUGCGUAAGAACCAGACUGCGCGCCUGAGCCGGACGCUAGAGUUCUGGCAGCGGUCGGUGGUUGUGUAUGGUAGCUACAAGGUCUGCCAAGCCCGCGCCGCCCUCAUUAGCGACCCCGAGGAAAAGCAAGCGCUCUGGGACCGUCAACACGAGGUCGCCGCCGACCGCUUAUACAACCUCUGCGUCGAUCUGGGGGGGUUCUUUCUCAAGUCGGGCCAGUUCUUAGCCAAGCCUGACCUUGUCCCCCCCGCCUGGGUGAAGCGCCUAGCCGUGCUUCAGGACGCUGCGCCACAAACUCCGUUUGAAGAUGUGAAGAAAACACUGGAGGCGGAGCUAGGGAGGCCGGUGGACGAGGUUUUUGAGGAGCUGCAAGAGCGGCCCAUCGGUUCUGCCUCGGUUGCGCAGGUACAUAAGGGCCGGCUGCGGGAAGGUCGGCGCGAGGUGGCGGUCAAGGUGCAGCAUCCAGGGUCGGAGGCGCUCAUGAUGCAAGACCUACGCAAUCACCGCAACUUUGCGGCGUUCCUCCAGAAGUUCGAGCUGCCGUUCGACCUGCUGUCCGUGCUGGCCGAGCUGGAGCACCAGGUCCAGUACGAGUUCGACUUCCAGCACGAAGCGGAGUCGAUGGACGUCAUCGGGCGGUCGCUCGCAGUGGGGCCCAAGAGCGGGGGAAAGAAGUGGGAGUCACCUGUUUUGGUGCCGAGAUCCAUCCCUGGGCUCGUCACGAGGCAGGUCUUGGUGAUGGACUUCUUGGACGGUGUCCAGAUUACCCGCCUCCAAGACGAGAUGAAGAAGCGGCGUAUUAACCCGGACGGACUAGUCGCUCGACGGGCCAAAAGGCGGAUACUUGAAGACUUGACGGCUGCAUACGGGCACAUGAUACUCCGAGACGGCUUCUUCCAAGCAGACCCCCAUCCGGGGAACAUCAUUGUCUGCAAAGGCGGGAAGGUGGGUUUGCUUGACUACGGUCAGACGAAGCGCCUGCCCGAGCGCCUCCGCCUGCAGUACGCGCGCCUGGUGCUCGCGCUCAACGAACGGGACGAGCUGGCGAUUACGGACGCUUUCCGGGCGCUCGGGAUCCGGACGGAGAAGCCGCCGGACGUGCACUCGUUCAGUAACAUGGCGGGCCUGAUGUUCGACACGCGGAUGCCGAAGGACCGCGAGUCGCUGAACCCGUUCACGGACGAGUCGGAGAUCCAGAAGAACCCUGUCACGGAGUUUCCGAAGGACCUCUUCUUCGUUCUCCGCACGGUGCAGCUCCUGCGCGGCCUCACUAUGGGCAUGGGCAUUGACUGGUCGGUCGCCGAGGCCUGGAAGCCCCUCGCGGACGAAGUCUUGGCGGAACUAGGUGAACCGUCGGGGGAUCCCCCUCCAAAAGCGCGGCAUGGGUUGCGGGGUCUGCUGGGGAGGCCUUUCGCGUGGAGACGGAAACCGAAAGAGAAGCGGCGGCAUUUAAUCCCGCCGCCAAUCGAGGGGGGUAUUGAGGAGGCGUAGGAAGCGAUUGUAAAUUUGCGUAGGAGGUGAUCUUAGCACGCGUUGCAUAGGGCAAGAAUAGGUUUUUGUAUUUUGAUCGACGUGGCUGAUUUGGGCCGUCUGUUAGUGAUGAUGCUUGCACUGAUUCAGGGCUGAUUGCGGCUCUAGCGUUGUAGGAGUAAUAUCCAAUUUUAUCAGCUACCGAAAUUCAUUGUAGUUGGUGAUUGUACGAUCAAAUUGUAAACUAGACAUUGGCAUUCAUUGUCUUUUGUGGAAGUUAGCCGCACGAUUUCAGUG